AUGAACAGAACAACGAAAUAUCCCUCAGACGAACGAUCAUACCAUGAAGAAACGCGCCUAUUUAUCUCAAAUAUACCCAACUAUACAUACGACUACCUUGUCGGUAUAUUCCCCAUUGCCACAUGGAUACAUCGAUACAACACAAGGUGGUUCCUGAAAGAUCUUGUUGCUGGAAUCACAGUCGGAAUAGUAGUUGUUCCUCAAGGAAUGGGAUAUGCCAAAAUUGCCUGUCUUCCUCCCCAGUAUGGACUUUACACGGCUUUUGUAGGCCUUUGCGUAUACUGUUUGUUUGCUACUUCAAAAGACAUUAGUAUUGGCCCAACAGCUGUUAUGUCUCUUCUUGUCGGUCAAACCAUUACACGUGUGGUGAGCGAAAAUCCUACGAUCACCGGCCCUGAUGUUGCGGCGGCCCUUUCACUAUUUACGGGUAUGGCAACAUUAGCCAUAGGGUUACUAAGACUUGGUAUACUGGUUGAUCUUGUACCAGGUCCGGCUAUAGCGGGCUUUAUGACUGCAUCUGCAUUAACAAUAACCAUUGGCCAAAUACCGAAACUCUUGGGCAUCCCAAACAUCAAUACUCAGGAGCCAACCUUUAGAUUACUAGUCCAUGUGUUUCAGAAAUGCUGGGAUCUACGCCUAGAUGCUGUCUUUGGACUUGUGGGCUUGGUCUGGCUCUAUGGCUUACGAUCAAUGUGCCUUGGACUAGCCAAGAAGUAUCCACGCUACAGCGAGACGUUCUUUUUCAUAAGCAUUAUGCGUAACGGACUACUGGUGAUCUUUGGCACGCUCGGAGCUUUCGUGAUCAAUAUCGGCAAAACCGUGAGCCCGAUCAGUAUACUCAAGGACAUUCCAUCCGGAUUUAAUUCUAUUGCUGCACCACACAUCGACUCUACAUUGGUGUCAUCCAUUGCAGGCACACUUCCGUCUGCAAUUGUGAUUCUUGUACUUGAGCAUAUUGCGAUCGGAAAGGCGUUUGGGAGGAUCAAUGAUUAUUCCAUAAAUCCUAACCAAGAAAUCAUUGCAAUUGGCUUUACAAACAUAUGGGCUUCUUUUCUGGGCGCUUACCCGUCCACAGGAUCAUUUUCACGGACGGCUAUCAAGGCACGUUCGGGUGUACAAACUCCCUUUGCUGGACUAUUCUCGGGAAUCGUCGUGCUUCUUUCCCUAUAUAUCCUGACUCCGGCCUUUUACUAUAUUCCAGAUGCCAUCCUGUCUGCAAUUGUGAUUCAUGCUGUCGUGGAUCUUGUCUCCAAACCAAGAUAUGUAAAGCAACUUUCGGCAGUGAGUGUGUGGGAGCUGGUCAUCUUCCUGUCUUCGGUAAUAGUCACUUUCUUUACCUCUGUUGAGAAUGGCAUCUACGCAUCCGUCUUUUUGUCUGUCAUGAUUCUUCUUUUCCGGAUUGCACGACCCAGAGUCUGGGUGUUGGGUGGCGUGCCUUCAUUGGAGCCACAGACGGCUGUUUUUGGCCAUUCUUUAUCUCUAGCCAAGGAACAGGCGGUAUAUCAAUCUGAUGCCUUGCCACCCGGGAUUCUGCUGUGUCGUAUUGAAGAGUCGAUUACGUAUCUCAAUUCUAGCUAUGUGGUUGACAGAGUGGUUGAUUAUUGCAAGGAACACACUCGACGAAGAGAUUACAAUGAUGAGUCUAGUGCAGGCCGGGCAUGGAAUGAUUCCGAUACCGGUACCUCUGAUUUAGAUCUAUCUUUGUCGUUCCGGCCACGCCUCCAUGCACUUAUUCUGGAUUUCGGGAGUGUCAAUCAUCUGGACUCGAGUGGACUACAAGCCCUGGUAGAUAUCCAGACCACAUUGAAUAGAUAUAGUGGCCACACAAUCGAAUUUCACUUUAUUCGAUUGACACAUAUGCCCAUCCGACACACUCUUCUGGUCGCUGGAUUUGGAAAAUCAGAUACUGAAUUGCCUAGUCUUCCAAAGACUGGCGAUACUUCCUCAUCACAGCCUAUUAUUAGUGUCCAGCAAAAUUCUGCCAACUAUGGUACUAUUCAACCAGUUGGCAAGACUCUGCUAAAAGAUAAACCGUAUCCUUUCUUUCAUGACACUGCGUAUGAAGCUAUCCGGGCAUCUCUAUCUACCCUUUCUCCUGAUAGUAAUAAUAAUAAUAAUAAUGACAUCAACCAAUCUGUGGUGGUUUGA